CAGCAUAAUUGCCUUGGAACUUCUCUCUUAGACAAAUUAGAAACCGAGACUCAUUCACAUAAAGCCAUGUCGACUUCGAUCCAAUUGUUGAAUCCCAAGGCUGAGUCUAUCAAACGUUCCCAUGCGCUUAAGGUGAACACGUCUGCUGCCCAAGGCUUGAUGCAGGUGUUAGCCUCUAACUUAGGACCCAAAGGAACGUUGAAGUUGUUGGUAGAUGGCUCUGGUGGUCUCAAAUUGACCAAAGACGGAAAGGUCUUGUUAACUGAGAUGCAGAUCCAACAUCCUACAGCACUUGUUAUUGCCCGUGCUGCCACAGCCCAAGAUGAGAUUGCUGGAGAUGGUACUACCACUGUAGUUUUACUUGUAGGAGAGUUAUUGAAGCAAGCUGAACGUUUCACAAGUGAAGGCGUGCAUCCUCGGGUGAUUGUCGAUGGGUUUGAGAUUGCCAGAGAGCAGACGUUGAAGUAUUUGGAGACUUUCAAACAGAGUCCAGACACGUUUGACCGUGAGUUCUUACUUCAGAUCGCCAGAUCCUCUUUGAGCACCAAAGUUACUAACGAGUUGGCUGAUGUAUUGACGCCUAUUGUGACUGAUGCUGUAUUGAGUGUAAAGACUGAGGAAGAAAGAGGCAUAGAUUUACUCAUGAUUGAAGUGAUGACGAUGCAACAUGGCAAUUCUAAGGAUACAGAGCUUGUAAGAGGUUUGGUGUUGGACCAUGGUGCCAGACAUCCCGACAUGCCUAAACGUGUAGAGAACGCUCACAUGUUGAUUUUGAACGUGUCGUUGGAAUAUGAGAAGACUGAAGUGAAUUCUGGAUUUUUCUACUCAACAGCUGAACAGAGAGAGAAGUUGGUUGCUUCGGAAAGAAAGUUUGUAGAUGAGAAGUUGAAGAAGAUCAUAGAGUUGAAGAACGAGGUGUGUGAACUUGGAUCCAACAAGGGCUUUGUAAUCAUCAACCAGAAGGGUAUUGACCCCAUGUCUUUGGAUGUUUUAGCUAAGAACGGUAUCUUGGCUUUGAGAAGAGCCAAGAGAAGAAACAUGGAAAGAUUGCAGUUGAUCUGUGGAGGGGAAGCCCAGAACUCAGUCGACGACUUGUCGCCAGAGAUCUUGGGAUACUCUGGCUUGGUAUAUGAGAACAGCAUUGGUGAAGACAAGUUCACCUACGUCACAGAAAAUAAAGAACCCAAGGCUGCCACCAUUUUAAUCAAGGGAGCCAACUCUCACAUAUUGCAACAGACUAAAGAUGCUAUAAGGGAUGGGUUAAGGGCUGUUUCCAACGUGUUAAAGGACCAGGCCAUCUUACCGGGUGCUGGUGCCUUCUGGUUGAGUGCCAACGACUACUUAUUACACAGCGAAGACAGCAAGAAGUUUGCUAGAGGAAGAAGUAAACCAGGUGUGCAAGCCUAUGGUGAAGCUCUCUUGACAAUUCCAAAGACAUUGGCUGCCAACGCUGGUUUAGACUCGUUGGAAACCAUUUCCAACUGCCAAGAUGAAAUCAACGAGGGUCACGUAGUUGGUGUUGAUUUGAAGUCCGGUGAGCCUAUCGAUCCUACGGUGGAAGGAAUUUGGGAUACAUACAGAGUGAUCAGAAACGCCAUUUCGACAGCCACGGGUAUAGCAUCCAAUUUGUUGUUGUGUGACGAGUUGUUGAAGGCUGGCCGUUCGUCGUUGAAGGAAGGUGGUGCUGGAGGUCCAGGCGGUGCACCUAUGGGAGCACCUAUGGGCGCCCCUCCUAUGAUGUAAAUAGGAUGAUAGAAUAUACCAACAGAAGAUGUAGCAGUAUGCAUUGUAGGUGACACAAUAGACUAUAAUCAAAU